AUGGCCCUGCGCCACGUCCGGGAGCGAGGUGUCGGCAGCCAAAUGCCGGGUGACUGGGUCGGACCGGUGCGCGAGGCGGUGAGCGUGAUGCGUACCGCUGCCAUCCCACCGAAGGCCGAUAGCCCGGGGGCCGCCGCGGCUCUGGAGUUGUUCGCGAGGCUGUACCACAGGGGCCACGCCCUGGAGGCCACCGCGGCGGACGGCACCCUGUACCGCCUGUGCCCCGGCCACAUGCCCAGACUCGGCGACGAUCCUGAUCGACUACGCCACGCGUCCUCCGGAGCGAAGUACCGCAUGACCGGCCUCCGCGUUCCAGGCGCGCCCUGCAUCCACGCCGACCUCGACGUCGAUCACGACAAGGCCUUGUUCAACAGCGGCCUCGUUGACGACGAUGGUGGUAAUGUGGUGCGCAGUCCGCGGCGCUUCGAGCCGGCCAUCAAUAGCCGCGGGGAGCGCAGGACGCUACUUCUGCGGGUGGCCUUCUCCGACCAGCCGACAGUGGCCACCGACCUGCCGCGCCUGACCAACAUCUACCAGAACCUGCCGCCCUUCCUGCAGCGCGUGAGUAGCGGGCGCACGUCGCUGCCCAUCACCUACAACAGCGCCUGCACCUACGUGAUCGACCUGACCCUGGCCCAGGUCAACGACUACAACCAGAUCGGGCUCGCCCACCUGAUGGUCGCGGUCCAGGCCGCCGCCACCACGCUGAACCCGGCCUCGCAGUGCUACAUCUCCACCGCAGACUGGGUGGCCUACAAGCACUUCAUACUCUCCCUACCGUCGUGCAACCAGCCGUGGCUCGGCGUGGCCGGCAUGCCUGGCAACGGCAUGGGCCUCAACGGCAACGCCGGGCUGGAAUUCCCUACCGUCGCGCACGAGCUGGGCCACAACUUAGGCCUGCCCCAUGCCGGCUUGGUCCAGCACGCGGCCGGCGUGAACGUGUUUGAGUACGGUAACCCGUACGACAUCCUCGGCAGCGAGGUGCACUACAGCCCGGACCAGUACCCGGGCCUGCCGAGCUACCUGGCCGGGUACCAGGACGCCAUGGACUGGAUCGUGCACAAGGUCACCUACCCGAGCGACGCCUACGCCGACUCGGCCCAGGGGCCGGCCUGGGUGGCGAACUACGUGCUGUCGCCGAUCGAGGCUUCGAAUCCCGACACAGUCAAGACGAUCCGCAUACCAACGGCAGCGGCGACAUACAACCACCGCAACAGCUGGCUUUACCUGAACUGGCGCUCGACGUACGCGGGUGCCGUGCGCCAGGGCGCCCUGCUCACCGAGGAGAGCUUCGACAUCAUGUGGGAGGGCAACUAUGGCGACCCCUACCGACUGUCCCAGAGCCGCCUCUUUGACGUGGUGCCCGGCACGAUUACGCUGCGUGACGCCGCGCUGUUUCAGUCGACACCGCUGGUCUACGGCCUGGGCGGGCGCGCGCCGGUGCUGAUCGAGGUCACAGGCGCGCCCACGGCCGCGGGCCUGCCGAUCCGCGUAUCGCGCCUGCGGCCCAACGGCGAGCGCAUGGAGGGCCGCGGCUGCUCUGUGGCGCUCGUCGGUAGCUGCGAGCCGGCACUCGACGACGUGCCGGUCCAGUCGUGCGGCUCGACGCAGACCUACGCCAACGACCCGGCCGGCCGCUCGGUGGUGAUUCGUGUGUCGACAACUACGCUGCAGUCUGUGGUGGUCUCGGUCAGUCCGUGCUCGAGCGAGAUCGGCGCAUUCCGCACAUUCCCCGCGGCGCAGCUCUACUAUGGGAGCCCGCCGCGCGUGCGGGCCGACGACGCCGUGACAGACGCGUGCUUGAGCGGGCUCGAGGUCGGGGCCAGCCCCGAGGAGCCGCUGUGGAUCGCGGUGCGCACCACCAGCAGCACCGCGACGAUCAGCAUCACCCUCACCUGCGGCGCCACGGCUGCCAACACGCGGCGUCGGCUGCGGUUCGACCAAAACGACGGCCUCGCCCUGCGCGACGCGUUUGAACGCGUGGCCGACCGGUCCUACGUCAGCCAAUGGCACCCUUACGGCUCGGAGUCGCGGCUGUUUUACGAAGCGGCCACCCGGAAGUGGGUCGUGCGACAAUACACCAUGAGGGACGACAACCAGCUCUACGGCGAGUGGUCUCGCGCGAUCAUCGACCAGAGCACCGACCCGUCACUGUGGUCCACCGCCAACGCGGUCGUCGUGCCGCGCCUCGUGUGCCCGCGCGGCAUGUACGCCACCACCGCCACCGCGAGCCUGUGCGCGGCCUGCCCCGCCUUCACCACCACCGACAGCGCUGGCGCCGUCUCCGUCACCGAGUGCCGCUGCCGCGCCGGCUACGCCCUCGUCCCGGGCGGCGCAGCGGGCAGCCCGUGCCAGCCCUGCCCGGCUGGCACCUACUCGCCGCUCAACCCGACCGAGAGCUGCCAGAGCUGCCCGACGGGCUACACCAGCCCCGAGCGCAGCGAACGGUACACCUACUGCACCCCGGUGGUGCCCUUCUGCUGCCGCCUUUCGAUCGUCGGCUUCACCACGCCCUGGUACGGCGACGCGUUCGAUGGCAUCUGGGAGUGGGACGGCGAGCGCAUGGUGGGCAUCAUGCCCUACUACGUGUUGGCCGGCGGCCCCAACCUGUGCCUGUCGGGCAUGGGCUCCAGCCCGCUGCGGUGGGUCUUCCAGCACUGCCUCACGCGAGAGUGGACGCCGGGCACCCUCGCGGGCAACAUCACGUUCAUUGCGGGGGGCCUGUUGUCGCCCCACACCUGGGCCGCGGGCAACAUCAUCACGUUCGGCUCAUACACGCACUCCUUCAGCCCGUUCGACUCGCAGGUGCCCUGGAUUGCCGACCCUAGCGUGCCGGGGCCGGUCUUCACCUGCCUCGACCCGUCACCGCCCCCGGAGGAGUGGUCGGUCUCCACGCGCUCCGUUCCGUCCCCGCUGCCUACACAAUUCCCAAGGUCGACACAAACGCCAACGCCGACGCCGACAUCGCCGCCGAGUGAGGCGCGGGUGCGAAGGACUCAGGUGGCGUGCGGCACCUUCACGCUGGUCGGGUUCACGACGCCGUGGACCGGCAACGACCUCAGCGGCGACUACGAGUGGGACGGCACCAUCGUCGACUGGCAGCCGCGCUACCGCCUCACCACCACCGCCCCCUCGCUCCCGUCGCCCUUCAACACGGACACGUGCCUCAUGUCCGGCUGGGCGCCCGAGGUGUGGGCCUGGCGCGCCUGCUCGACCGGCGAGUACCUGAUGAACCCGGUCGGCCUCGGCGUACGCACCUACGACGGCGACCCCCCGAACAUGUGGACCACCGGACAGUACUUCACCUACGGCGAGGAGGGCGAGCGGACGCUCGACUACCUCUUCCCGUGGUACCAACCGGGCGUGGCGGGGCCGAGCGUGAUCAACUGCGUGCCCACGUCGCCUUCGCCCUCGCCCUCACGGGUCACCGCGUCGCCCUCGCCCUCGCGCGUGUCCGCCACCCCGACGCCCUCGCAUACGGCCUCGCCCUCGUCGUCGAUCGCGCCAUCGCCUCCGCCCGCCAUCGGCGGUGUGAUGAUCACCGCCACGCAGGGCGUGCCGGCCGGCUUACCGAUGGGCCUCUACACGUGGCGCAGCGACAACGCGGUCGGUACGGUCACGUGGGCGCGCGAGGGGAUGCACCUGGUCUGGCACGCGGUGACCCGGUCGUGGGGCUUCACGCGCCGGCCGGACCUGGACGGCACUGAGCGCUGGGCCGUGUCGGAUCCGGGCAUGUCGUGGCGCCAGGGCGAUCCGCUGCCGGAGAGCCUCGACAUGCGCCUGUUCGACCCGAUGGCCCGCAGCUUCUCGAUACCCGUCUCGCUGUCCCUCGUCGCCAUGGCCGGCUCCGCCACCGCUUCGCCGUCGCCAUCGCCGUCGCCGUCGCCAGUCGCCGGCAGCCUCGCCAUCGUCGUCUCCGGCUGCUUCUCCAGCGGCCCCCUCCCCGUCGGUGUCGCCUUCCGUAUCACCAGCGGCCUUGCCCUCAGCCUCCACGUCGCCUUCCGGAUCACCGUCGACCUCGCCUUCGGCUUCCACGUCGCCUUCCGGAUCACCGUCGGCUUCAACGUCGCCCUCGGCCUCCACGUCGCCUUCCAGAUCACCGUCGGCCUCACCCUCGGCUUCAACGUCGCCUUCCGGAUCACCGUCGACCUCGCCUUCGGCUUCCACGUCGCCUUCCGGAUCACCGUCGGCUUCAACGUCGCCCUCGGCUUCAACGUCGCCUUCCGGAUCACCGUCGACCUCGCCUUCGGCUUCCACGUCACCUUCCGGAUCGCCGUCGGCUUCAACGUCGCCCUCGGCCUCCACGUCGCCUUCCGGAUCACCGUCGACCUCGCCCUCGGCUUCCACGUCGCCUUCCGGAUCACCGUCGGCUUCAACGUCGCCCUCGGCUUCCACGUCGCCUUCCGGACCACCCUCCGUCUCGCCCUCGGCUUCCACGUCGCCUUCCGGAUCACCGUCGGCCUCCACGUCGCCUUCCAGAUCACCGUCUGCCUCACCGUCAGCUUCAACGUCGCCCUCGGCUGCCACGUCGCCUUCCAGAUCACCCUCGGUCUCGGCCUCGGCCUCCACUUCGCCUUCCAGAUCACCGUCGGCCUCACCCUCGGCUUCAACGUCGCCAUCGGCUUCCACGUCGCCUUCCAGAUCACCGUCGGUCUCGUCCUCGGCUUCCACGUCGCCUUCCGGAUCACCCUCGGCUUCCACGUCGCCUUCCGGAUCACCCCCGGCCUCCACGUCGCCUUCCAGAUCACCGUCGGCCUCGCCCUCGCCUUCCGUAUCACCAGCGGCCUCCUCCCCAUCUGUGUCGCCUUCCAGAUCGCCAUCGGCUUCCACAUCGCCUUCCAUACCAUCAGCAGCCCCCUCCCCAUCGGCUUCCACGUCGCCUUCCAGAUCACCCUCUGCCUCUCCGUCGGCUUCCACGUCGUGGUCCCGGUGCCCAACCUGACCGCCGUGCUCAACACCGAAGAACCGGGCGUCGUGUUCGGCAACGGUGCCCAACUGCUCUCGACCUCCGUGGCGGGCUCCUCCGUGGCCGGGGCCGAGCUGGAGGUGGCCACCACCACCACCACCGCCGCCAACACCACUGUCGGCGGCCUGCCCGCCGUGACCUUCGUCACCACCUUCGAGGGCACCAGCGCGGUGCUGGAGCAGACCACCGUUGUGGCCUCCGACAGCGCCGGCCUGUCGCUCAGCUUCGCGGGCGUGAACUACACAGCGCCGCCCAUGGCCUCCAAGUUCAACAUCGUGCUGACCAAGUGGCCCGGCAGCGGCACGACUGGCACCUUUGUCUACCGCUACGCGCUGGACACGGCGGCGCCCAUCAAGCGCGUGACGCGGGUGGGACCGACCAACAAGGUGAUCGACUGGACCAUCGAGACCACGAGCCCCAUCGUGGUCUCCUUCAGCACCUUCAGCGUCGCCCUGUUCGGGCCGACCCAGCUCGAGCGCACCAUCACCGUCACGGCCGAGUUGGACCCCGACGAUGCCCGACGGGUGGUGUUCAGCUUCGGCUUCCCCUACUUUGCCGUCGGGCCGCUCACCUACGACUCGACGGUGUUUGUCGGCACCAUCAAGAGACCACGGCCGCCGGCGAUGGCGAUGGCGAUGGCGAUGGCGAUGGCGGUGCCUGCGGUCUUGGGCGGCCUCGUGGUGGUGAGCCUCGCGGUGGCCCUGAUCGUGUGGCAGCGCAAGCGAGUGAGGCCCCAGCCGGUCAGGCCGCGCCGCGGGUCCGCGGCGCUCUACGCUGAGAUCACCCUCCAGCACGACAACGCCCUCUUCCAUAGCUCGUCCGGGGCGCACGACAGCAAGGCCGAGUCCUACAAGCUCAACCGCAGCAACUGGUCCAAUGCCUGA